AGUCCACAGUCCACUGUUCACUGUUCACUGUCAGAAAACCCCAUAUCUCUUUUAAGAAAAAAACAGAGUUACAAGCCUCCCCCUUUCGAUCGCCAGGGCGACCGACAAAAGGGAAGAUCUACUAACAGAUCUGUCCAUUGAUUGUCAUUUCAUCUGGCCUCAGCUGGACUGGUCCACUGGGGCUGCAAAGACACUUGCCAUGAAAUGAGUGGCCCAACCCUGACUGUAACGGCCCUGCCAACCGCAGAGUCCACACAGUCAUUUCCCUCCUCCAGUCAUUCUCCUUCGCGUUCCCGUUCCUCCACAGAUCUACUUUCCGGCCCCGAGAGCUUUCGAACCCAAUCGCCUUUAGCUGCCUCUUCGCACAACCGAUCGUCAAGCGCCGUAAGCCUCCCUAGCUUACCAACCUUCGAUGUACCUUCCUUCGAUUUCGGCACCGAUUUCGACACCACCUUCUCCUUUUCCAAUGACUUGUUGAAGGGUAGUACCAAUGAGAAGCCCACCGCCGUUAACGACGAGAAUAAUAUGGCUGGCCCUGAGCCAAGGAUAAGCAAAACUGGGAAAAGGAGGACGCCGAUGAGCCGACCGCAAUCAUGGAUGCCAUCUCUGCACAUUGCAGAGAACGCCGACGAUGUAAUGGAUAAGGACCCCAUAAAAAGCGAGGACGCUAGCAACCCCAAGUUCUUGAAUCCGAACCCGCAAGAAACAUACAGAACUGUCUCCGAUUCGCUCGCAUCUUUGGCCAAGCGCUCGUGGAUACCUGGGUCGCGCUCACCUUCACCUGGCGAGAAGAAAAAUGAGAGCGAAGCUGCGCCUGAAGGACGUUUAGGUCGUGAGCGGUCUGCUAGUAACAGCUCCAUCAUGAAACUCAGAAGGUCGUCACGGAAACGUCCCAUCUCCCCCGCUGGCAGUGACAGCAGCAAGUCUACUACCGAAUCUCUUGGUAAGAUUGGUAGUUAUCUUAACAGGUUCAAGCAACGGCAACCGGGUAUACUAGCAAAGGGGAAAAAUCAUAACGAUCGCGAUAGUCCCGCUUCCUCGACAGCUAGUCUUGCCCCUCCGUCGACAGAGACCCGCCAAUCGCACGCUUCCGAGACGAGCAACAGUACAUUCCCGGAGGAUAGUUUACUUCCUAAGAUGCCACAGGCUCGAGAUCCUCUUUGGUCUACAUUCAAGGCCUUAGACUCCGAUUCUCAUAGAUUCCAAACUAAGUCCACCGGCCUGAAGAUAGGUAUAGUCCGGGGCGUUCUGAUGCCAUUUUUGAGGAGCUAUGCGAAUCAUUCGUCGAAUAAGAUGCUGCAUUAUGAAGACUUAGAACGAAGGGCCCUCAUUUUGAACAAGUGGUGGGGUGGACUCUUGGAAUUAUUGGAAGCAAAGAACCAACCACCUAUCCCAGGAGUUGAUAAACCCAUCCUAUUUGAGGCUCUGACUGCACUCAUGAUGCGGCCGGAGUGGCGCCAGUGUACUAUCAACUUCUGUCCCGUGGCGGAUCGAACUCCGGCGGAACAACUCCGACGAAGCCGUACUAAAUCAGCGUCCUCGCUCGACUCGACGGACUCUGCCUACAUUGCCGACUCGGCGAAACAUAAUGUUAAAACUAUGUUUAUUACGAAUCUUGUGGCGCAGGUGUCUCUUGUGGUGGAUAAGCUCUCCAUUCGACAUGCUCCCUUGAGCCUGGUUAAUUUUGCAGGAAAAGCUUGCGCUUACGCGUUUUUCUUUGCACCGGGGAUCGCCGAUAUGCUCGUGCGACUCUGGGAACUAAGCCCGGAUCGACUGCGUCGAGUUGCAGAUGGGUUUGGUCUGCCACGAGAUAGUCAAGGUGAGAGUAAUGACAUCGUUACACUCUUCCCUCAUUGCGUGGAAAAGCUGGGAUGGACAUCGACUAGGGCUCUGUCUUAUUCGCUUAGACAAGAUGUGGUGUUACCCUUAACUUCGUCUAAGAUUGCAUGGCGAGGACCAUGGGUAUCUAGAUGGGUAGGACGGGACACUGACUUGUUCUUCAUAUUUUGCAAGUAUUAUUAUAUACUAGCUGAGGAAUUCAUGCCCAAGGGGUUGCCAUUUGUUGAGAAAGCCCGUGCUCCAGGUUUCGUUCUGGUUAAUGCUCAGGUAUUAACUAUCUUGGAUUCAACCGUUCAUCGUCAGGCAGCUCUUGAGGCUAGCAUAAUGGGUCCUCCCCUUGCGGACGCGGCCCACGGCGCUGAUGCAACUGCUAUGGCCUUACCAAUUCCCCUAAACAACAACAUCAUGAAAGGAAUGAGUGAGAAUCGGCUUGUAGUACUACUAAAGGAUCUGCUUUCUAGUGUAUCCGUACUUCACGUUGACGCACGACACACGUUCGCCGAAUCAUUCAUAGGCGUUAUGAAAGCCGCAGCAAAACGGACUUCACAAUUCGACCAUGGUGCCUGCUUCACCAUCUGCGACUUUCUGGAAGAAUCGUUAGUGGUUUAUGAUGAGUUCAUGGACAUUCACAAAGCCGACGCAGCGUAUGUCGAUUGGCCAUUCUGGUUUGAAGUGUGUAAAAAGAUAUCGGAGUCCAACAAUACGAUGUCCGAAAUUCGAGUUCUUUCCCUCAUAUUCUCGAUUUGGGAAACUAUUGCGAAUGAUCAAUCGCGCAAAGAGAAGGUGUGUCUAGAGUGGCUCCUCACGGAGGAAACUUUCAACAAACUGUUCAACAACUGGUGUCCCAUGGUUAGAGCGUACUACAUGCGAUUGUUAUGUUGGAGAAUCUGUAGGGACGCUGGCAGUGCGAACAGUUCAGACGCCGAAAUCUUCCUCGUCGUUUACUCGCGUCUCAAGACUGUAUGGUCACAUUAUCUCUGGUUGAAGCAUGUGUCUGAGGAGCAGGGUAAAUUCCCACCGUCGACCGCGCCUUCGUUUCCCACCCCCGGCAAACGAUUCAUGAUCAUUCGUACUGAGAUACCUGUGGCACAACCUGGGCUUAUGAUGAGCUUUGAUUCUUCAACUCCAUUAUCACCACACAGUGAUCCGGCGACAACCCCGGCAACCGACUUUGAGUCCAUGGACACCGUCGAUGCUGAACCAAGCUUCCAAAAGAAGAGAGGGAGCCUUCUAGGGAAACUUUUCUCAUUUACUGGCAGUUCUGCCAACGAUCUCGAAGCCGUUAGGCGGGAGACCGCCGCGUCACGUAUCCGCCCAAAUUUACCACCAAAGGGACCAAUUGAUUCUAGUCCAACCGGUUCUGACUCAGACAGCAUGGGCUCAUCGCCUACAUACGAAGCUUUGCAAUAUGUCUUCAAAUUCACGCUGUCUUGGAAUGCUGCUGGUACCAUGUCUCCGCCGAAUCGCAUUCUUACUCGACCGCGUCUCCCGAGCCCCGCGCAAUCCUGGGUUACUGCAAAAGGUAGGACCGGUAGUCCACCACCUCCCGCGGCCGGCCGACCAGCCCCAACUCGAGCAGUGUCUGGAAGUCCUAACCCCGGACUUGUUGAUUCUGCAAAGAAUGCCGAUCCGUCCGAGGUCCCUUCACCAACUCAUCGUAUUCCUAUGACGUUCGAUCGCCGACAGAGUCUUGGUCAAAUGAGCCCCAUCGACAAGAGCAGUGAUGACUUGCCGUUCCACAGCCCGGUGAGCACUGUUAGCAGAAACAGGGACGGCGCAAUAGUCCAAAGUCCUGUUUCUCUCUUGCAGGAACCUAUUAUUAUGCCAGCCGAACCAAAAGGUGUAUUUGCUACGGGUGCAAAAUACGCUGGUCGAGCUCUGGCCGAAUGGAGUCUUGUCGUUGCCGAGUGCAAUAGUUUUGUUGAUCGAAGGAGAGAAGAGGGUGUUCUAGGUUUAAGUGAUGUUGAGGUACCAGCUCUUGGAGUAGAGGGCUUUAGAAAGUUGGCAUGAUUCACUCCACAAUAUCAAAUACCCCC